UCCAGUAGUGCACCAUCUACAUGCCAAUUGGAGGAACGAGUUGACCACGUAGUCGCAAUGCUCGGCGACAUCAGCACCUUCGCUGCACCAGCCACCAUCAGCAAGCAGUUGAACACCUUGAAGACCGAGGUUCAGCAACUGCACCAGUGGCCCAACGAGGAGGGCAACACCAGUGCGCAGCACUACAAGAUGCCGACAUUCCAAAUCGAAAUGUUCGAUGAUUAUAUGCAUCAAGACCCGGUCCCCUGGUGGGAGGGCUUUACGACGCAACUUCGGAUUCUUUUCGUCCCCGAGCACUCGUACAUCGGUGCGUUGUUCCUCAACUUAGAGGGCAGAUGCCACGACGUCCAGGUCGCAAAUCUGCAUGAGAAGAUCUCUUGGGAAGAGUUAACGAGGCUAUGGAAGAAGUGGUUCAUCAUGGACGACGCCCUGACGCUCGCCAUCAACCGCCUCUUCGCCAUGACGCAAGGCAACACAUCGACACGCGACUGGCUCACGGAAUGGCAAAAGAUCGCGGCAACGCCCGAUCUCGAAUUGCCAUUUUCGCAUCUGCGCCGAGAGUUCUACAACCGGUCAUGUGCCGUCUUGAGCCUUGCACUUGGUGAUCGUGAGCAAUACACGACCUUCGCCGAAAUCAUCGACAAGGCAAGGGAGAUCAUCAAGACUAAUGGGGCGGCUGCACACGAGAAGUCAGCGUGGCAGCCAACCUAUGUGGAGAAAGGAAAAUUUGUACCAACUCCGUUGAUAGACGCCGAAGUAGAGGUUGUCGACCUUCACGACUACGUUGCGAAGAUCGACCCCGAGUUCAAGACACAACGGUACGACAAUAUCGACGCACCAUUGUUAUACAUACGCAUUCAGAUCGAUGAGGUGAUCUGCAACGCUUUGAUCGAUUGCGGAGCUACUCGCAACUACAUGAGCCAAGACUUUAUGGUACGCGUUGACCUUGGGCCACGCGUUCGGAGGAAGUCACAGCCCACGCAAGUCACGUUGACCAACGGUCACGCGCACAAGUCAAUUGACCGGUGCAUUGAUGCCGUCCCCGUGUACUUUGCCCCGCAUGCAAGCAAGGCCGUGUCCUUUGACAUUUUGAUCACCAAGUUCAACAUGAUCUUGGGCAUGUCAUGGUUGCGAAGCGAGGAUCACCCGGUGAACUUCUACCGCCGCACCGUUGACGUUCGUGACCGGAACGGAGUACUAGUCCCAUGCACGGUGCCUCCUCCUCACCCUUCGAUCAACGGCCAUGUGGUGUCCGCCGCAAGCAUUCGAGCUUCCAUCAUCAGGGAUGACAUCGAGGAGAUGCAAGUGUGUUUUCUCCACGCCCUCCCGCCCCAUGACAUUCCAUCGACGGACUCAUCAUCGGACCCACGCAUCACCGAGUUUCUUGACGCCUACGGCGACGUGUUUGAAGCCUUGCACGGAGUAGUACCGGAUCAGCCCAUCCGCCACGAGAUCAUCCUCGAGGCCGAGGUCGUACCUCUGCGUGGUUACAUCUACCGCAUGAGCGAGGAAGAGUUAAGUGUGCUACGAGCACAACUCGACGACCUUUUCGAGAAAGGCUGGAUCCGGCCUAGCUCUUCGCCAUACAGUGCUCCCGUUCUCGUCGUUCGGAAGAAGAACAAGGAUUUGUGGUUGUGCAUCGAUUAUCGCAAGCUCAACGAGUAAACCGUCAAGAACACCGGACCUCUUCCGCGCAUCGACGACCUCCUCGAACGGCUGGGCGGCACCAAGUUCUUCUCCAAGCUUGACCUCAAAUCGGGAUAUCACCAACUCGAGA